AUGGGCGUGAAGUAUCUUUGGGAUGUAUUGGAGCCUUGCAAGAAGACUUACCCGCUCGAUCAUCUUCAAAACAAAAGGGUAUGCGUAGAUCUCUCGUGUUGGAUGGUGGAAUUGCAUAAAGUGAACAAAUCGUAUUGCGCCACUAAAGAAAAAGUUUAUCUCCGGAGUUUCUUUCAUCGUCUCCGAGCCCUAAUUGCCCUAAACUGCUCCAUCAUUUUAGUCUCAGAUGGUUCAAUUCCUGGAAUCAAAGUACCAACUUACAGGCGGCGGUUAAAAUCAAGAUUCGAGGUUGCUGACGAUGGCGUUGAACCUGGGAAAGAGACUUCACUCAAAAGAAAUAUGGGAUCUGAGUUCUCCUGCAUGAUAAAAGAGGCAAAGGUUAUUGCAUCAACACUGGGGAUACUAUGUUUAGACGGGGUUGAAGAAGCUGAGGCACAAUGUGCUCUGCUAAACUCAAAUUCCUUAUGUGACGCCUGUUUUAGCUCUGAUUCAGAUAUUUUCCUUUUUGGUGCAAAGACUGUGUAUAGAGAGAUAUGCCUUGGUGAUGGAGGUUACGUUGUUUGCUAUGAGAUGGAAGACAUAAAAAAAAAGCUUGGACUGGGACGGAACUCACUGAUAGCUCUGGCGCUUCUGCUUGGCAGUGACUACUCUCAGGGAGUUCGUGGUAUUCGUCAGGAGAAAGCCUGUGAGAUUGUUCGGUCUGUUGGAGAAAAUGUUAUCCUUCAAAAAGUUUCAUCAGAAGGGCUUUCCUUUGUGAAGAAGCCGAGAAAUUCAAAGAAGCAAGCUAGGCCUCCUGUGUGCAGUAAAAAGGGGACCUUGCCCUUGGUGGUUAUAAAUGGAAGUAAUCGUGAUCCAGAAGGACUGGAACAGGUAAAAGAGGUGAUUGAUGCGUUCAUGAACCCCAAGUGCCACCCAGCAGACUCUAUUACAGUUACCAGGGCUCUAGCUGAAUUCUCUUUCCAGCGCACCAAGCUUCAGGAGAUAUGCCAUCAGUUCUUUGAGUGGCCCCCUGAAAAAACAGAUGAAUACAUACUUCCUAAAAUUGCUGAAAGAAAUCUGAGAAAGUUCGCUAUUUUGCAAUCAAGAUCAACUGAGGUUGGUGUUAACCUUCCUCUCCACAAGAUGCCAGAGAAGUGUCCGGUGUCUGAAAUCAUUAAGACUCGCAAAGUACAGGGACGAGAAAGUUUUGAAGUCUCCUGGAAUGAUCUAGAAGGGUUAGAGACGUCCAUUGUUCCUGCAGAUCUUGUAGAAAGGGCUUGUCCUGAGAAGAUCAUAGAGUUCAAGGAGAAAAUGGAAGCAAAGAAGAAGAAGCCGAAGCCGAAACAAAAACAACCAAAAUCAAAACAGAAGGAAACAAGUUCACCAACCAAAUCUUCUUCUCUUAUCGAACUCAGCCUCGAACUCCAACACCUUGAUCUCAACUCAACCUCUGUAGUAACAAGCACCGUGGAAGAAGCAGAGCAAGAGAAAGAACAGGAAAAGUCCAAGAAACAUGAUUACUUGUGUCUAAUCGAUUCACCUGCUAGAGAAAAUUGCAACAAUGAUUGGUCAACCAUGGAUAGAUUCAGUGUUGGCCCGAGUUCAUGUUCAUUGUAUCCGGAAACAGAAGUCAUUGAUCUGAUAAGCCCUUGUCCUGAAGCUCGUUCAAGGCGUGUGUCAAAAAGUUAUGAAGAAGAGAAGAGCCAUGAUCACAAUCUUGAGACUGUGAUUGAGCUGAGUGAUUCAGAAACAGAUGAUGAAGAGCAUAGCAGAAAAGCUAGAGAGUUUAGGAUGUUUCUUGAAAAUAUUAAGAAAGACAUCAUCCUCUGA